UAACAUCAAAUUCAUGUAUCUACUUUGUUCAUAGUCCAGUGUCUUGGAGCUCCAAGAAAACAACAAUUUAUGACAUCAUCAAACACUAAUGUUAAGUAUUACUCAUACUAUUUCAGAAUUGCAAUGAAUCUUUUCUAUCUGAAUUGCACAUAAACUAUUUCCCUCCUUCCUCUAUUGUGUGAUAAUCUCAGGUUUUAAAAUUGAAUGGGUUGAGCCAUAGAAACAAAUGAGCCGGUUCGAACCAAAAAAAUCGGAUGAUCCUCAAAAAAAGUGUAGUGUCUUGAAAACCGUCCGAUUAAAAUAAGUGCUUUUUUUUCUCUCAAAACAAGAGAAUCUCUACUUCUCCUUCAUCAGUUCGGCCGCCGCCACUCCCAGUCCGCCCCGCCGCACACCGUCACCCACAUCCGCUCACUCUCUCGCCCUUUGCAACACGCUUGUCCAGAAUGGGAAAGGGAUUCAUAUGGGCGACUGCAGAGGAUUUGAAUCGGAACAGGGGUCGAGUUCUGUCGCUAUAUCGUCAGACACUGAGAAGCCUGAAUUCUCCUUUGUUGCCACUGAACUUUGCCUCUAGAUUGGCUAUGAAAGCUAAGGUACGUGCAAUGUUUUGGGUUGGUUCUGAUGAACGCUCUUUGCAUAACAUUGCUGACCUAAUUGAUGCUUCUGAAUACUCUCUUUCCUUUCUCAAAAAAGGUCAAUUUCCUCCUCGUCACAUCACCUGAACAACACUUUCCAUUUCCCUCAUUGCAAAUUGGUAUAACUUGAUGCAAUCAUGAUAUUAUUUGGUUGUACUAGUAUAUAUGUAAGAAGUGCUUUGUAUUUUUACUAUUUUGUAUUGGGGAAAUAUUCAAAAUUGAACAUGAUAGGGAUACCUAAUUUUGUCAUUGAAAUUGCACUAUUGUUAUUAUAAUAUUGUUCCUUGGUUGAGCAAGAA